UGGCAAUGGCGGCCGGCCCCGGGGCGCCGCCGUCGCCCUUCUCGGUCGGCUCUUUCCCCGUCAGCAUUCCCGCCGUCAUCCGGGAAACAGACUGGACGGAGCCGUGGCUCCUGGCACUGGCCGUCUUCCACGUCUUCUGCCUGCUGCUCACCUGCUUCUCCACCCAGAGGUACCAUCUGCAGGUGGGGCACUUCCUGUGCCUGGUCAUUCUGGUCUAUUGUGCUGAAUACAUCAAUGAAAUGGCGGCCAUGAACUGGAGGUUAUUUUCCAAGUACCAGUAUUUUGACUCGAAGGGCAUGUUCAUUUCUCUGGUGUUCUCCGCACCGCUGCUGCUCAAUGCCAUGAUCAUUGUGAUCCUCUGGGUUCGCAAGACUCUAACGGUGAUGACUGACCUGAAGAAGGUCCAGGAGAAGAGGAGGCGACAGCGGCAGAGGAAAGAAGACUAGAAGCUGAGCUCCUGUCCUCACCUCGCUGCAAUUUCUUUAGUGUUUGUGUUUUGAGCCCUUCCCUGACUCACAGCUGUGACGGUGACGCUCUUCUGUACACAGCACUCUCACUCUCAGUCCUUGACUCUCCUCCCGGGUGCUGAGCUGCUCCCACCUCAGACUUGUGAGUCGAGCCCUGUGUCCUGCAUCUCCCUUGCUCUGUUGGCACUCAUGUCAUUAGAAUACAGUGCUCUGGGUGCAGCACUUCCUGUCUCUCUGUUUUGGUCUUGCAGGUGAACCCCCAAUGCCCAGAGCAGCUCCCAACACAGAGUGUACUCUUCCCUUACAGCGUGAGGGAUGCUGGAGGGGGUUCGUCAAACCUCAGGUCUUCUAAUGUGCGGACAGUCAUACCUUUCUGUCAGUGGUAGGCACAGAGGCAGUGCCUGCAACUUUGUCUGGGUUUCAGCGCGAGGCUGCAGAUGAAGUGGUUCGAAUCAUCACCUCCAUUUCAUUCCUCCGUGAAGCAUGUGCUUCAGAUUUUAAAAAGAUGAUCUGUGUCCAACCUUGUACAGCUAGCAACUUGAAAUUGUAUGUUGAAGUCGUAACUUAUUGUUGUAAGGUGGCACUGUGACAGGCUGUAGCAGGAAGUCUUGAAAUCCAGGUAAAGAUGCUCAUAAGUAAUGUAAGCUCUUCGUGGGGACUCAAGACUAUUGUGUGUGUGGGAGGCUGGCAUCAGAUUGCACUUCCCAGUGAGCCUUGGAGGCACCUUCCAAUAUGUCUCCUGAAUGUUGACUUUCAUGUUUGGAGUUGAUGGAAUCUCCUAGAUCGGUUUCUUGUCCACUCUGAAGGUUUUCCCUUGACUUGUCAACUUUUAGUAUUGAGCAUAAAGGACAUUAAAUUGUGACAUUAGAUUUUUUUUUUAUGUCUUAUGCAGCUUGUGUUUUCUUUCCUUUUACUUUUUUUUUUUUUUUUUUUUUUUACUUUAUUUAAACACCAUGGUUUCUGGAAUUCCAUAUUGUAACACCAAUCCUGCCACCAUUGUAACAUUCCUGCCAUCAUUGUCCCUGGGUCUCACCCACCCGCAAGCCAACACCCCUUGACAGACAUGAAAUAAUGUACUUUGCUUGUUUACAACUAAGUGGUAUUAGAAUUACUGAAAAAAAAAUUCAAAAGAAAAUUUGUGAAAAUUG